AUGAUGGAAGCACGUGGUUUGCAAGGAAAUGUUGACCUGGAGGAAGCACUUAGCCAUUAUGACAAAGUUCUAGAAGCUAAGGCUUCCACUCUGAAGAAAGUGGAUAAAAAGACCCUAAUCGACCUCGACAACUGGUAUCAGCACGAACUUCCUGUGGCAAUUCAAGAGAGAAAAAUUAAGUGCAUCACUCAUGCAGAAUUGUGCAAACUGAUGAAAUGGAAGUUGAUGAGGGGUAAAUUCCGUCCCAAACUGACUGAAAUGGUGGAGAGCAACAAACCUCAAAGUGUACUUGAUGCCAGUCAGUCAGCAUUUGAUCUGUUACCAGAUGUAGAGCAGGCUCUGAAAGCCUUGACAGUUCUUAAAGCUGUAGGACCAGCCACUGCUUCAGCCAUUUUAGCUGCUGGUGCUCCUGACCAAGUGCCCUUCAUGGCGGAUGAGAGCAUGUUGGCGGCUCUUCCAGGGCGACCUAAAGCAUACACCUUACCAUAUUUUCUAGAUUACCUGGAUGCUGUCAAAAAUCUGGUGAAACAACUGAACAAAGAUUCUGGGGUUUCAAAAGACAGCAUGUGGACACCGCACAAGGUUGAGUUAGCACUUUGGUCAAAAUCAGUGACAGCUUCGCUUGGCAUUAGUCUUGGAGUACAGCCUGCAGCUCCACCUGAGAAGAAGCGCAGAAGAGUAAAUGUCGAAAGGAAUAGUGUUCAGAACGGGACCAAAACAAGAGGGGAAAAAAAUAAAUUACAAGAACUAUGA